CGCUUCCUUACCGGGCGCCGUAGCUUGUCAGCCGAGAUGGGCUGCUCACAGGCGGGCUCGGUCAAGACUGGGGAGACAGAGGAGAUUUGCCUCAAUGACAGCCACGCCGAGUCAGUGAGGACGGCCGCGAAUCCCCGCACGGCGCAGCCCGCGCGGCCAGCGCAGUCGCCCGCGCAGCCGGCGCAGGCGACGAAGGGCCUGGAGCCUGGGGCCAAUGUCCGGGUUGUGGGCCUGAAGGGAGACGGCGCGCUGCGGCUCAACGGCGAAGCCGCCGUCCUGGACAGCUGGAACGCGGCCACCAAUCGCUGGAACGUGCGGCUCCGCAGCGGUGAAGUCAAGGCCAUCCGCCCUGAGAACCUGGAAGAGGUUGUGGGGCUGCGAGCUCCGGUGAAGGCGCCUGUGCCCUUGAAGGAGGAGCUGGGAGAGGACCCGCCCCUCUUGGAGGUUUGGAGCCGGCAUCGGGAAGGCUCAGAGCGUGCCCAGGCUGCGCAGAAGCUGCUGGAAGCGCCCUUGAAGAAGUUGGACCUCAGCGUGCCACCAGAGCUGCUGCAGCAGGCCAAGAGACGCCCAGAUGUGGACUCCGAGCCUGACACGAAGCUGUUGUCCUCGGGUGACGAUGAGCGGGUGGUCUUGGACGAUCUGGACUUGGACCUCCAGCUGCGUUCCAGCAUGAGCGCCACCGCACGCAAGGCUCCAAGGUAACAAAAGCACCGUCCGGUGACUCGGGCGGAGGUUUCGAAGCUUCGCUUGCGCUUGCCUCAAGUCCUUUGCAUUGUCAGAUUUGCCGGCCGAACAGCGCCCGGCGAGUUUGAAUUGUUGUCUUCAAGCGAGCUUUGCGC